UCCACGCAUGGCGUCGCGUGCGGUUCCCGACAGUGUUUGUCGCAAGGGAUACUUCAAGCGUGUUUUUCUUCGUUUGUGCGCGUUUGAACCUGAGUUAGUGCACAAGUGAGGAAUAAUGAAUUGACAAGAUGCAGGGAGCGGGGCGAAAAAAAUUGGUCGAGGUCAACCCCAACCUGACGUGCGUUCUGUGCAACGGCUACUUCAUUGAUGCGACCACCAUCAUUGAGUGUUUACACUCAUUCUGCAAGACUUGCAUUGUAAAGUACCUUGAAAAAAGCAAGCUGUGUCCCGUGUGUGACGUUCAGGUGCACAAGACACGCCCACUUCUCAACAUCAGGGCAGACCAAACUCUUCAAGACAUUGUGUACAAAGUGGUUCCGGGCCUCUUCAGAAAUGAAAUGGCAAGGCGACGACAGUUCUACAACAGCUUGUCGCCAUCAGAAAGCUCAGCCAAGCCAACAUCAAGCGAGGAAAGAGGAGACGUUCGCAAUGUGGAACGACUCAUUUUCAAUCGUGACGACAUGAUCAGUUUGUCCCUCGAGUACAGUGCACGGGAAGUUCUGCCGAUCCGACCACUGCUGCUGGGACCUCCACCACCCGAAAGCCAGGAAUGUCCCGCAGGUAGUAGGCGGUACCUCCUUUGUCCUGGCGGAUUUACUGUGGGUCAUCUCAAGAAAUUUCUGAGGGCAAAGUUCGGCUUGUCCAAGAACCAUGAGGUGGAUGUGAUGUACAUGCAUGACCACCUCCUUGAUGAAUACUCUCUCAUGGACCUUGCCUACAUUUUCUCUUGGCGUAGGAAUGCGCCCAUGCGCUUGCUCUACCGGUUCCCAGUGCUACCGCCUUCUCUCAUGAGCACGAGCUCAAAGGCGGACGAUGUAGUCCCAGUGCCGCCGGAUGAAGGACUUAGCAUCUACAUCCAAUCCACUGCAUCCCAUCAGAACACUAGUGCUCCACCAAAUGGCACUGCUGCGUCAGACAAGAAGGACCAAACUCCUUCCAGUGAUGCCAGUGCAAAUGCCAAUGCAGUGUGUGCCACCAUCAAUCCUGACCAUUUAAAUACUGCUAGCACUAAUGGCAGUGACAAGGGAAGUGUUGGUGCUAACCUCUCCAGUACAAUUACGCAUGCCAAUUCCGUUCCUUCCGAGAAUGAAGCUUCGCUCAGCAAUAAGGAUGGCAGUGCUGAACACACCGCUGCAAAUUUCAUAAAGCCAACUGAGUUGGCCAGAGCCAAAGGCUGAAAGCUCCCCUAUAAAGCAACCCAUCGAAACUUCUCCGACCAAGCUUCCACAAAACGCCAGGUCUAAACAAGGCUCUGACAACCAGCUCAACAGUGUCAUUAGUGUGCCACCAGCUGGAAGUCUGCAGCCACCUCCACAAAGGCAACAGCCAUUACAAAGCCAGCAUCCGCCACGAAGCCAGCAGUCGCCACGAAGCCAGCAGCCACCACAAAUCCAGCUGCCAGCACUGAGCCACCAGCCGCCGCAACGAUCUCCACAAAAGCAGCUACCACCACAAUGUCAACAACUACCACAAACUCAACAACAAUCACAAAGUCAACCACGAAAGAGUCCACAAAUCGUGAAACUUUCUCCAAGCGUGAAGUGCACUCCGUGUUGCCUAGUUGCCUACAGCGCCUCGUGUUACUGGCAUCAAGCCCGGUGUCGACCAAAAAGUGCCGUCCAGUGCCAACCAGCCAGCGGCUUGGCCUGGCCGCCCACCAGUUUCCAGCCCACCAGCUAGUCGUGUGGUGACCAGUGGACAGAGACUUGGCAGCAAAGCUAACGCAUUGUCCAAGACUGUACCCCUGUCCCAUCGCAAAAAUGGGCUGUCAACUGCGAAUGGUGUGCAGAGUAAUUUGCGGCUAAUCCUGCCUGCACCGGCCAAGCCUAAUGGUGUCACGGACAGUAGAGAGGUGUUGGCAAAAGCCACUAAAACAAACAGCCGACCGAGUGACAGCCCAAGUAGUCCAGCUAAGCGGCCUCACUUGGACUCUGGUCCUGGCAAGGAGGCUGCGGUGUCAUGACCUCGGACACCUGUGCGCAUGUGUACAUAGUGCACAGCUACUUCAAAGCAGGCCAUCUCCAGCUUAGAUGAGUUGCGAGUUGAGUGAAAGGCUGACAGGUGCAGCCUGCUUUUUUCUUGUACGGGGGGGGGGGGGGGGGGGAUUUACAUGGGAAUGCUUUUGUAAGUUGCGGACAGUUCAUAAUUACAUGAACACCUUUGUUCGCAGUGUUCCUUCUUUAAUCUUUAUUGUAAACUUAUAAUUCUUCGAGACUGAAAGUCCUAAAGUGGUUACCAAGAAUGAUUUUCCAACUUAACUUUUCUCAUGACUGGUUCUUUUGUUGUGUUUAGUUAAACAAUUAAUAAUUCACGUGGCCCUUUUUAUUUUGUCCCCUUAAUUUGUGAACAAGUCCGUUCGCAUUCGGUGCUCAACAUCUUGGGGAGCAGCAGUGUUACAUUCUCAAAGUUUGCCAUGGAAUGAGUCACCUUUGAGCAUUCGAGUAUCAUACGCCACUGGAAAUACUCAAGGAAGUUUAAAAAUGUUGCACAACGAGUAAUCUUCUGGAGGUUGGACCUGCUUUGAAGUGUUGUUGCUGUUAAGUUAUUUACCGGGGGCCACUGCAACGAGAAAGUUGAAGCAGUGCCUUGGACGCUUCACAUACUGUGUGAUACAACUCUGAGCUCUCUCAUCACGUAAGCAACGCAAUGAGUAUGCUUAGACGGACCACAUUGAGCUUGUCACAAUUGCAAGGCCCACAAAGCCUUGCCUUCGAUAAGGUAUAACAUGGCUGUGCUAUAGUAACUAUCAGAUGUGUUGUACUAUAUUUUUGCACUAUAUCUGAGCACAUGUAUAAAGGAUAUGUACAGAAAUUAAGCCCCCAAAGGUGCCUGCGCCAUCAUCAUUUUUCGACUAUCAUAAUACUGAAGCACAUGUAUAAAGGAUUUGUACAGAAAUAAACCUCCAUUGGUGCGUGCGCCAUCAUUUUUGACCAGCAAUGCCAGUUACCAGGACCAUGCACUGUUGUUUCAUUGAAAUACUGCUUUAUAAAUGAAUGUAUUUAAUAAAGAACAUUGAAUGC